AUGCUACUGGAAGGCAUCCAGGGCUUCGCUAUGGCCCCUGGACUCCCCAAUAUCGACAACCACCCCCUAGACCCAGGGGGGCAGGCGCUAGGUCUGGUGAACCCCGUAGGGGCCUAUAUAGGCACCCCAGCGGGGACAGCACCACCAGCGCCCCCCGAGGCAAGUGCAACAGUCCCUCAGAGCGAGGGCUUCUUGCCUAGCCUGGAAAUCAACCCUAGGGAGUUGUUUCCCCCCCUAAGCAGCGUGCCAGGCUCCCAGGAAGCACCUAAAACUCUAGGGAAGAGACUACAGGAACACAGCCCUGACGGGGCAGAAAGAGCCCCCAUGAAGGCCCUAAUCGGCCCAGCCUACAAGGACAUGGAACAGGCCUUAUUAGGCCACUUUGCAAGCAGCAAUAGCGCGCUGCACGCGGAGAUGGCCGCUAUGAAGGCCUAUAUGACCUCUCUGGUAGAGGCUAUGGAGCAGCGCCUCACAGGCCAAUUGGGCGCUCUAGAGCGCCGUUUCUCAACCCUAGAAGCUCAACAGGCCUCCCCGAACGCCCCAAACCACCCGCUAAAGCCCCUAUCGUCAGGGGGCGACCGCCAGGGCCCACGACAGCCUCUGCCAUCCCAGGGGACGACGUUUGCAGAGGUCGCCCAUGGCCCCCAAGCUAACCCGAAUAGGGCCGCUAAGCCCAUAGAGCCACGCAGAGCCUCACCCCCGAUAUCAAAACCACCCCCUGGGGUGAAGCCCGCAGCAGGCCCCCAGUGGGCCGAUAUAGCGGCCAGCAAUGCCCAGGAGUGGCAAAUCGUUACAAAAAAACGGGCUUACUCCCCGAACCAGCCCCCAAAAGUCCAAAUGGACCCAGGGAGCCUGAAGCCUAUUCGCGGAAGCAACAAGGGAGACCGCAGGCUUAUAUUUAGGCGUGAAAAUGGCCGCACCGCCCCUAGAAAGUCUAAAGCCGAUGUCAUCUUGCAGCUUAACCGCUGCCUAGCCCAGGCAGGCUUCCCGAACUUCGCCAGGGUAAUAGACGCCAAUUACACCGAAUCAGGGGCUAUCUCAGCCCUAUUGGACCAAGGAAGCACCGUAGGCUCGCUAUUACCAGCCUAUAAGGACCUAUUAGUGGCUGCCUGCCACCGGGUCGACCCCGCAGUCAUCUCAGUGGAAGCAGACCAACAGUGGCACAAGAUUAAGGUGCAUGCGGUGCCGGUAGCCCGCUAUAGCGCCUCAGGGCUAGGCCUAGCCAGGGAAGAAAUUGAAUUAGGGGGCACAUGCACCCUAAUGAGAAACCCUACCUGGAUCAAGCCGAUAGCGGCUAUCCAGACUAAUAAGCAGCGUUUCUCUACUAUCGUUAUAACAGUAGGAGGCCUAGAUGACGCCCGCAGGCUACUCGCCCGGGGCGUACGCUUCGGGGGCAACAGGCACCCUACCAGCCCCUACCACGAAGUGGGUAAAGACACCGUUUGCACCCGAUGCUGCGGCAUUGGCCACCGAACUUAUAGAGGCUGCGGCACCCGACCACCACUCUGCACCGUGUGUGCUGGCGCCCAUGAAGCCCAAGAGCACACCUGCAACGUGCUAGACUGCAGGGCCCAAACAGGCCACCCAUGCCUGCAUGCACCCACUAAAUGCGGCAACUGUGGGGGGAAGCACCAGGCUGAUUCCCCGGGGUGCCCCAAGCUUCGGGAGGCCCGCCGGCGACUCCAUAAGCGCUUCCCUGGCGUAGAGGUCGUUAUGCCCCCUCCCCCCCCUGAAUGGACUGAAUGGGAAGGCGUUGCUGAGGAGGCUUCUCCCCCAACCACUACCCAGGACGCCCCCCAAGCCCCAAAGCUUAGGGAGGUCGAUGACGCUAUGGAAGAUGCCCCAGGGACAUCACCCCUACCGUACUCAUCCCCGUGUCCAACACCAACGCUGGAGCUGCAGCCCCUCUUAAUGUUGAUUAUUCAACAUAAUUGCGGCCGUACCUACCCCGCAACCUUAGGGGCUCUAGAAGCGGGGAUAGAGCGGCAAAUAGGCAUUAUAUGCCUGCAAGAGCCUUAUAUUGCUUAUGACUUCUCCCACCCAGGCUAUCUGCUGUACUGGCCAGGGGGGGAGAAGCGGGAUCAACGGGUGCUUAUGGCCAUCCGUAAAGACCUUAUAGGGGCGGUUAGGGUCGAGAACCGCACUGAUUUAGUAGACCACCCCUAUUUACAGGCCCUGGACAUAUGGGAAGCACCAAUAAUUAGCGGGCAUGCCCCCCGACGCACUAGAAUAGUCAACUGCUAUGAUGUGUGGAUUGGGGCCAGUUACCGGUGGCAAGGGGCCUUCCCUAGACGACGCCGGGCCAUCGAGGACGCAGACUGGGACCUGCUUAUAGUGGGUAGGUGCCUAUUAGUGGGUGAUUUCAACGCCCAUAGCCCUUCGUGGAACCCACUGGCCAAGGGCCGGGUUAACGCUGAGCCCUUGGAACAGCUUAUAGAGCGGCACUCACUAUAUGUUAAUAACCCACUGGGGGAGGCCACACGCUAUAAGAAGACCGAGGGGGUGUCAAUUAUUGAUUUAGCGUUAUCCUCGCCAACCCUAGGGCCUCUGCAAGCCUGGGAGGUGGAUAAGGAUAAGCCUACAACAUCUGACCAUGAGCUUAUCGUCCUAGCCUGGGAAGCCCUAGAACCCCCCCCAGGAGGAAUCUCCGGGGAGAUUACUGGGUGGCAGAUAGAAGCUCUGCAGGUAAACGAGGAAGCCCUAAAGCUGGCCACAGCAGCUUGGGCCUCAGAGGCUGUAGGCCACCCCCCUCUUAGUGAUCAAUGCACCGAGGAAGACCUUGCUAGAGAGGCCAAUUGGGUGCAGGACACCCUAACCAGCGUACUCGAUAGGCAUGCCAAAGCAGUACGGCUUUGUGCACGCUCUAAGCGGUGGUGGAAGCCAGAGCUGCGGCAAGCCCGGAGCUUAUGGGCUGCAGCCCGCAAGCGGUGGCAGGCCCAUGCCUGUACCGACACCGAAUUCAAGGCUGCAAGAACCGCUUAUUACCAUGAAAUAAAGGCGGCUAAAAGGACCUGCUGGGAGGCCUUCCUUGCUGAGGGAGGCCCUGGGGGGAAGGAAGAGUGGAAAAAAGGUUCUAACCCCACUGGGAACCCUUUUCCCAAAGGCCCUAGGGAUGGCCUGGAAAAGCCUUCUCCAGGAGAUCCUAAUAGGCAGCUAGAAGCAGCGGCAAAAGCUGCUAUUGAGUGGGGACUGGCAAAUAGCGUCAAAUUCGACCCUAAAAAGACAGAGGCCAUCCUAUUCUCUAGGGCCACCAGCAGGGAACAUAAAAAUCAGGUCCAGGAAGCUAGGGUGCAGGUAGGAGACGCUUUAGUGGCAUUCUCCCCAACAGCCAUCCGGUGGUUAGGGGUCUUACUAGAUCCAAAGCUUACCCUCAAAGCCCACUAUAAGUACCGCCUGCAAAAAGGUCAAAAUACUGAAAGACGAGUGCGGGCACUGUGCAAGGCCCAGGGGCUCCCCCCAGGCCUGGCAUGGCGAAUCCAAAAGGCCACCGCGCAGUCAGUGGCGCUUUAUGGGGCCGAGCUUUGGUGGCAUGGGCAAAAGAACUGCCUAGAAGGACUGCAGGGCCUAAUUAAUAACCAGGCCCGGGCAGUCACAGGCAUGCUGAAGUCCACCCCAUUAGGACCGCUUAUAAGGGAGGCAGCUUUGGAACCAGCAGAGGCCCUAUUAGAUAGUAAACAGCGGCGGUAUGCCCUGAGACUCCUAGGACUCCCCCAGGGGCAUCCAGCAGCAGAAAUACUCCCCAUAACGCUUAGGGAGGGAGACGCCCAUGCACAGCCUGGAGAGCAGCCGCUAGAAGACCGAGCUUGGGCAACACCAACCCGCCGAGGCCCCUGGAAGCUGGGCAUGGGCCUGGCCCGCAGGCUACGAGAGGCCUUGACCGCCGACCCCUCCCAGGGCUUUGAGCGUACAAUAGAGCCUGGUAAUAGGUCUAUACCACUAGAUUUCAGGAUAGACUCCCCUGAAACCGCUAUGCAAUUAGCCUCAGACCCCCUAAGUGGGAUAGGGAACACUGACCUUUACUCAGACGGUUCCAGGUUAGACGAUCAGCGCGUAGGCGCUGCGGUAGCUUAUAAGCCACUUAUUGGCCCCUGGAGGUCGCGCCUAGCUCCCCUGGGCGCAGGCUUCGAAGUCUUUGAUGCAGAACUAAUAGGAGUAGUCGAAGCCCUAGAGUGGGCGCUGGCAGAGAAUCUUAGAGGGCCAAUUAGGGUGUUUCUCGAUGCUCAAGCCGCUAUAGGCAGGCUUCAGCAUACCCAGCCAGGCCCUGGCCAAGCCCUGGCGCUGCGGGCACAUGAUCUAGCCAAGGAACUGCAGGCCACCGGCCGCAGGGUUACUAUAUGCUGGGUGCCAGGCCAUAAGGGGGUCCCAGGCAACGAAGAGGCCGAUAAAGCCGCCAAGAAAGCUGCGGGGAAGCCCCGAACAGGCAAAUACUCGGGCAUCUCACUGGCACAUGCUCAACGGGCCUGUACCGAAGCUUAUAGAGCUGCCAGGGCCAACUGGCUUGCUGCAAAGCUUGCAAAGCGUGCCCAGCGGGCAAGCCAGGCCUACUAUCCCCCCCGGGGAUGGAAGCUUGACCCAAUGUUGGCGAACACCCCCAAGCACCUAGCGCGGCGAUAUUACCAGUUCAAGACUGGCCACGCACCAAUUGGGGCCUAUUUGCACCGAAUUAAGGCCCGAGACUUCCCUAAUUGCUUGGGGUGCUCUAGGGGGACUGAGACGGUAAGACACCUUCUUACAAACUGUCGACAGUGGUGCCACCAGCGGGAAAAACUAUAUGCCGGCUUGGCCGAAGCGGGGGUAAAGGCCCUGCAGGAUAGCGAGCAGUGCCCCGAAGCACGCCUAUUCCAGGACCCAAAGGCCACUACAGCGCUGCUGGCGUUUAUAGGGGCCAUUAGGGAGCGAGAGGAUAACCAACAGGCCUGGGAGCAGGCCUAUAAGACUGAUAAUUGGGGCAUUGAGGCCCUGGAUGAGGGAGAGCGAGAGGGGGAAGGAUAG